GGGUGGCGACGUGGAAAACAUGGAGGACAGUAGUAUGUAGAGUAAACUUAAUUGUCUUACAUGCCGCACAGGUUGAAGUAUUUCGCGUUGUCAGGGGUGUUUGUGAAACACGUUGCAGUAAACUCCUUACCUGUGUGGAAAAAACAGUCGUCCGGUAUCGACCCUGGGCGCGUGAAGAGCCGCGGAAAGUGCGAGAAUCGUUGAUGACAGGAUUUGGCGUAUGCCUGGUGAAAAAGCAGUGAGUAGAGGUGAGUCUGGCUGAUUGGAGCCAGUAGAGAUGGGUGCCAACACCAGCCAGGUCAGUGACCUGUCCGAGAACCCCAGCCUCAAGUCCCUGGUGGGCACUGUGUCUAUAUCAGAGAAUGAUCCUUUCUGGAACCAGCUGAUAUCCUUCACCUUCAUCAGCCCCACAAGCAGUGGAGACUCCAAGCUGCUGGAAGAGGCUGUCAUCCCCCUGGCCAAGACCCUCAUUGAAAACAAUCCCAGAAGUGGGAACUUUGGCGCACUUGUCCGAAUUUUCCUGGGAAGAACCAAAGAGCUGAAAAUCUCCACAGAAUGCCAAGAUCAGCUGUUUAUCUGGCAGGCCCACAACGCUCUGUUCAUGAUCCGCUGCCUGCUCAAGGUGUUCAUCAGGGAGAUGAGCGAGGAGGAGCUGCACCUACAGUUCUCCUACCAGGAGAGGGCACCAGGCUCCUGUGGAGAAACGGGCAAACAGGACCUCCUCGAGGAGCUGCUGUCUAACCUCGUUCACCUGAUCGUUGAAGUGCCCCUGCUAGACAUCACCUAUAGCAUCCUGUUUGAAGCAGUGACCACACUCCUGGUAUUCUUCUCCUAUCAGCUUUUCCACAAAGACAUCCUCCGAGAUGGAUUAAUCUACCAGCAUGUCAUGAAGGGACGAUGUUUGUCUCUAACCAGUCGACUGGUGAAGACGCUGCUCUACAACUUCAUCAGGCAGGAGAAAUGUCCGCCUCCGGCAACACACAUCUUUGAACCCAAAGACGAGGGAGGCCUGCUUUACGGCCUGGCAUCAGGAGUUGCAAGUGGACUGUGGAGCGUCUUCACAUUGGGUGGAGCUGGCAGCAAACCCGGAAUAGACCAGGAGCACAACCCGUUACCUUUGUCCAAUCAGAGCCUUCUGUUACUGCUGGUGCUAGCCAAUCUGACAGAUGGACCUGACUGGCCCAACCCCUACCGCCAAGCUAUCACAUGUUUUAGGAACACACAAGACACGUCGUCGCUUCCGGUGGAGCAACCUCACGCUUUCCAGAUAAAUUUUAACAGUCUGUACACGGCGCUGUGCGAGCAGCAGCGCUCUGACCAGGCAACCCUACUACUGUACACCCUCCUUCAUCAGAACGCCAACAUGAGGACAUACAUGCUCUCCAGAACGGACAUGGACAAUCUGGUGUUGCCAAUCCUCGAGAUCCUUUAUCACGUGGAGGACAGAAAUUCUCAUCAUGUCUACAUGGCCCUCAUCAUCCUCCUCAUCCUCACAGAGGACGACUCCUUCAACCGCUCCAUCCACGAGGUGGUGUUGAAAAACGUCACAUGGUACACAGAGAGGACGUUGACAGAGAUCUCACUCGGCAGUUUGCUCAUCUUGGUGGUCAUCCGCACCAUCCAGUUUAACAUGACGCGGACGAGGGAUAAGUACCUCCACACCAACUGUCUAGCAGCACUCGCCAACAUGUCGGCCCAGUUUCGUUGCCUCCACCAAUACGCUGCCCAGCGCAUCAUCAGUUUAUUUGCUUUGCUUUCCAAAAAGCACAACAAGGUUUUGGAGCAGGCAACACAGUCUCUGAGAGGCAGACAAGGAGACAACGAAGCCCUGCCCGACUAUGCCCAGGACCUGAAUGUGAUCGAGGAGGUGAUCCGCAUGAUGCUGGAGAUCAUCAACUCUUGCCUGUGCAGUUCUCUCCACCACAACCCCAACCUGGUGUAUGCGCUGCUCUACAAGAGGGAGCUAUUUGAGCAGUUCAGGACGCACCCAUCCUUCCAGGACAUCAUGCAGAACCUGGACACGGUGAUCGGCUUCUUCAGUCAGCGUCUGGAGCAGGCUGGAAGUGACCUGUCAGUCGAGAGGGUUCAGGAGGUUAUCAUGAAAGGAGCCCAGGCUUUGCCCAAAGACAGACUGAAGAUGUUUCCGGAGCUGAAGUUUAAGUACGUGGAGGAAGACCAGCCUGAGGACUUCUUCAUCCCUUACGUCUGGUCCCUCGUCUUCAACUCUGGAGUCGGCCUCCACUGGAGCCCGCACGGCAUCGAGCUGUUCAGCAUGGACUCUGGCUGAAACGCAUUCUCUCUCCCCCCCCCCCCCCCCCUCGUUCAGUGUAGGGA